AUGGUCGGGUUUAGCAUCUUUUUGUCUUUGACUCUAUUAAGUGCGUGCAUUUGUGAACAAAUUCAAUACAUCAAUUUUGAUGUAAUAGAUCGUAUGUUCAAUGAAACUUCGCAUCUAGCAGAAGAGAGUUUAUGUGGCAGGCAAAUAAAAGAACUCAAAAGCGAUCCUAAACAAUAUUGGAAUCUCAUCGAUUCGAUAUCAAAAUUUCCUUGGAGUGGUGUUUUGACCUCCAGUUUAAUAGAUCUCGGCAAUUACGAUCAAUGUUUGGACGUCAAACAUAACUCUGUUACAGGAAAGUACUGUCUAUUUGGAAUAAUAAUACCAGCUGCAAUUAUUCCAAAAGCUAUAUCAACUUUCGAAGAUAACGAUGUUUUUAAAUUAGGUUUAUGUUUACCUGAUCAAUGCACCGCUAAUGAUUUUAAGCUUUUUAAUAAAACUAUUCUUAACGAUGCAUUUUGCCAUACCAAGGAAGAUUUGAAAAAGUUUACGAUCGGAGAUUUCGCUAUGAUAUUAUUUCUUGCAUUCAUCGCUUCAUUAAUGAUAUUAUCGACUGGCUAUGAUAUUUAUCUGUACAGAAAACAACGAAAGACCGAUCAUCAGAUUUUCUUGGCGUUUUCCGUAUUCACGAACGGAAAGAAACUGUUCCAAACCGCCAAAGGGAACAAAAACCAAAUACAGAUCUUCCACGGAAUCAAAACCAUCAGCAUGGCUUGGAUUAUAUCUGGACAUGCAUUGACCGGGUGGAGUAAUUAUUCUGUAAUUAAUCGCUAUAUUGUUGAUCAUUAUAGAACGUAUUUGAGGGUAGCUUACAUAUCAACAUCACUGCUCACCGUCGACACGUUUUUUUACAUGUCCGGAUUUCUGGUCGCUUUUUUGUACAUGAAAGAACGAAAAAAACCUCUUGCUGUGCAUAUAAAACAAGUACCGUUAAUGAUUAUUCACAGGAUAAUCAGAAUAACCCCUGCUGUCGCCAUGCUGUACUUCUUCACUAUAACAAUAUUGAAACACUUGGGAUCGGGACCGAUGUGGAAGCACGGCACGGAAAUACUUGCCAAACCUUGCCGUCAAUACUGGUGGACUUUUUUUCUCUAUAUACAAAAUUAUUUCAAUUCUUACAGCAGAAAUCACGACGAGGAUUACUGCUUGCUUCAUACGUGGUAUUUGUCGGCGGACAUGCAAAUGUUCCUAGUUUGCCCACUCAUCUUGAUACCGAUCUCCGUUGUGUUGAGGAAAACUAAAAAAUUAAAGCAAAUCUUAGUCGGCAUGACUGCUUUGAAUGUUUUCUUCGUGGUUCUACCCAUAAUUAUCGUAUACGCUUUCAACGAUUACGAAAACGAUUAUGCUACUCAUGCUAGAAUGAUGUCUUACACCAUAGGCAUCACCAUGGGAAUUUACAUGCAAGAAACGAAAGACCAACCUAGUUUAUUCGAGAAAAUUAGACAUUCUUCGUUGGUAAACCUUUUGACUUGGAUUGUGGUUUUGUUUUUAUUACUCGCUUGCGCCUUGAUAAAUCAAGAAAUAAGCAACAAUGGAUAUAGUUACCACAACGUUGUGAUUGCACAUAGCUUAGUUAGGCCUGUAUGGUGCUGCUGUAUUAGUUGGAUGAUAUACUCGUGCUAUCACGGAUAUGGAGGUAUCAUAAAUUGGAUACUGACAAGACGUAUUUUUCAAGUCACAUCGAAAUUAUCCUACUGUAUGUAUUUAACUCACGCUUUAGUCAUUGACCAUCACUUAAUGAUAUCGAGAACCAGAAUUUGGUUCCAGGAUUACAUGGGAUUCAUAGAUUGGUGUGGUUAUUUCAUAAUAACUUUCGUUGUUUCCGUUAUAUGGACUUUGGCAUUUGAAUCGCCAAUGAUCACAAUAGAACGGCUGAUUUUCAAACGACCCACCCAAAAACCAAAAGAUAAAAACAUCGAAGCGCCUGUGCAAGAGCAUUUCAAACAAAAAGAGCUCAAAGAAUAA